AUGUCGUCAAAGAAUUCUAGUUUUAUGUAUAAUCAUACAAAUCAAACAGGGACGGAUACAUGGACGGAAAGUGAGUGGAAGGAACUUGAUGCAUUAAGGAACCAGCUUUAUUUAGCAGAGAAGAUUAUACUAACCAUUUUCGCCUGUUUUACCAUUUUGGGGAACACUAUGGUUUUGGUAGCGACCUGGAGAGAAAGAAUUCUUCAUCAGCCAAAUAAAUAUUUUAUUGCUUGCCUGGCUGUCGCAGAUCUUUUGGUUGGAAUGAUUUUAGAACCAUGGAGGGUGUAUUACCGUAAUCUUGAUUAUGAUUCGAAGGUUACCAUGUCCAUUCAUCUGUGUCGUUUUCUGGUGUGGAUAGAUACCUUUGCGUUAGCAGCAUCUAUUUAUUCACUAACAUUCAUCAGUCUUGACCGGUAUCUCAAGAUCAAGAAACCACUUCUAUACCCAUCCAAAAUGACUACUUCCAAAUCAUUGAAAAUUAUCUUUAUUAUGUGGUUGAUUUCAACUGCCUUUGCCACCUACGCCACCACUCCUCAUUCGGGAAGCAGGGGAAUUUUGUUGACAGGCGGUGGUUUUUGCCCCUACGAUAAUAACAAAAUAAAAGGAUUCUACACUUUUCUGGCUGUAAGUGCGUUUUUCCUACCUACAGCAGUCAUACUGGUAACGUACACUCUCAUUUUUGUUGUAGUUUAUAAGCGACAAAAUAUGCUGAGAAGUGGCGAACUAAGACAAACCUGCAAUGAUCGAACCCAACGAAGUGCCUUACUUCAACAUCUAAAUGCCAUCCGAACUUUAAUUGCUGUCGUGGGAGUGUUUAUACUUUGUUGGGGUCCUUACUUUUUUUAUAUAUUGCUUUGGCUCUACAGUUCAAAUUUGAUUGAAUCGGAUGGCAGGUCAUUCACCGACUUAGUUCGGAUUUGGACAGCUGAUUUUGUAAUAACUAAACUACCUUAUUUUAACAGUUUAUGCAAUCCAAUAAUUUAUGGGUGUCUGGACCAAAGGUACAGAGAAGCUUUCAAAAAGCUGCUUCAGCGAAUGAUGUGCCGACCAAGCCCAAGAAGACGACAACCACCUGACGCAAUAGAGUUACAUCCACUGAGAACUUGA